ACCCCGGCGUCCGAGCUGCCCACCGCGCGCUCCGAGGUCCGGCGGCAUUUGCUCCAGAGCUGCUCGAGAUUUUCGCGGCGGUUGCUGGGCGUAAGGGCCGCGCCCGGGGUCGUGGAGGAUGCCGAAGGAGUGGUAGGCAUUCGCAAGGAAGAAGGAAGAGGUCAGAAAAGACUGACUGAAAAGUUAGUUUUAUUAACCGCAGACAUUCACCGGUGCAGAUAUUAACCGGUGGAUUUAUAGUCCUUUUCUUCCUUCAAAUUACUUUUAAUAAUUAACAUGUACACCACAGAACCAGAAAAUGAACAUCUAGAGGAUGAAAAUGUCCAGUCAUCUACAGCUCCUCAGAUCCUCAAAGCUGGAGAUGCUGAUGAACAUGAAGAAAAUAAGGAACCUAUCUUGUCAGAAACAGAGGAAACAAAACCACAGAUGGAAAAGGAGGGUUCUUGUCCUCCACAAGGAACACUGAAUAAAGCAAUUACAAAUGGAGUUAUGCUUUUUAUGAUAUGGUGUGUAACCUGGUCAUUCUCAGGCUCUUCAGUUUUUCCUGGUGGAAGUUUAUUUGGAGUGUUAACUAUCUUUUAUAGUUCCAUUAUUGGGGGGAAGCUUGUGGAAAUCAUUAGAAUACCUUCAGUACCUCAGCUUCCUCCUCUUCUUGGUAUGUUACUGGCUGGUUUUACCAUUAGGAAUGUUCCAUACCUCAGUGAUCGUGUCUGGAUUAGUAACACCAUGUCUUCAACUUUAAGAAGUACUGCCCUUACCAUUGUUCUCGUGCGAGCUGGGCUUGGACUUGAUCCACAGGCUUUGAAGCGUUUGAAAAGAGUUUGUUUAAGAUUGUCUAUGGGUCCAUGCCUCAUGGAGGCAUGUUCAGCUGCUAUUAUUUCCCACUACCUUAUGAAAUUUCCCUGGCAAUGGGCAUUUCUAUUAGGUUUCGUAGUAGGUGCAGUCUCUCCUGCUGUUAUUGUCCCUUCCAUGUUACGUUUGCAAGAAAAGGGAUAUGGUGUUGAGAAAGGCAUUCCAACCUUAUUAAUAGCUGCCAGCAGUUUGGAUGACAUUGUAGCUAUCACUGGAUACAACACAUGCUAUAGCAUAGUCUUCUCCUCAGGUAGUGAACUUAGUAACAUCCUGACCUCGUUUCGGGAUGUCGUUAUUGGUGUGGUGUCAGGAGUUGUUUUGGGAAUAUUUGCUCGGUAUUUUCCAAGUAGAGAUCAGGGAAAACUUCCACUGAAGAGAGCAUUUCUUAUUUUGAGUAUGUGUAUAACUGCUGUUUUAGGCGGCCAUCACAUUGGUUCACAUGCAGCUGGAGGAUUAUGCACGCUAGCAUUAAGUUUUGUUGCAGGGACAGGUUGGGCCACAGAAAAGAUUAAAGUUCAAAAAAUUAUUGCAGCUACAUGGAAUAUUUUUCAACCUCUUCUUUUUGGUUUGGUUGGAGCAGAAGUAUCUGUUGCAUCUCUUAAAUCAAAUGCUAUUGGCAUUUGUGUUACUAAUGUGAGUUUGGCAUUAUUAAUUCGAUUUUCUUCUACAUUUGUGUUGAUGUCUUUGGCUGGUUUUAAUUUUAAGGAAAAAAUAUUUAUUGCUUUUUCAUGGAUGCCCAAAGCUACAGUCCAGGCUGUAUUAGGUCCUCUGGCUCUAGAAAAAGCAAGAAUCAGCGCACCCCAUUUGGAACCAUAUUCGAGGGAUGUGAUGACAGUAGCUUUUCUAUCCAUCUUGAUCACAGCUCCAAAUGGUGCUCUAAUUAUUGGCAUUCUGGGACCUAAAAUGCUCACUCGCCAUGUUUCAAGCAGGACAGUGGAAUUGGCAGGAUUAGAAUUACAUUAAAAUGUUGACUUGCCAUCACCUUGCCUGCUUCUCCUAAUGAAUUAUCUUACAUGAGAGAAAAAUUAAAAGGUACAAAUAUGUGGAGCCUGUACCUAGAACCAAGGAUUUAAUAAAUAUAUGAUUUUA